AUGGACGAGGCUGGAGGCACUGGCCAAUUCAUCGACAACACUGUUCCUGACACCAGCGAUCGCUGGGUAUCGGAUAGCCAUCACUAUUUGAGAGCCUGUGGCCAGACCAUUGCUCUGCGAGGAGCAGUUCAGACUUCGCGUCGGUGCUGGGUAUCACAAGCAGAUUGGAAGUCGAGGGCCCGUCAUCUCCCAGCACAGCGUGCCGUGAUCUCCUAG